AUUUUAUUUUCGCUCUCACCGCGCAUUUCUCACCGCUGCAAAAAUUCCUUUGUCAUACAUAAAUAAGCUCAGACGAAAUUCCUCGUAGCGAGUUACACGGUGACGAGCUGGGGUAAAUCGCAAUUUUUGUGGUAUCUUGAACCAUUUUUAUGGGUCCCCAGCAAUCACAGCAUACAUUGUCCCCCUUGAGGAAGACCCGAGGUGAUCUGACUACGUACCUACCUGUAAUAAAAAGGAAGGAACAGUCGAUUCUUCUCUCUCCUCUCUCUCCUCUCUUCUUCAUUUUUAUUGUUAUUCGUGAACUGUCAAGCCAUCUAACUUGUCGUCUUUCGCUUCUUGUCGCAAAUCAGGCUAGUUCGUUGCAUUGGGCCGUUAAACAGACUCGCCGGUCUUUCUGCACUAGUACUUUCAGAGCGGGUCUCGUCUUGCAGAAUCCGGGGAAAGAUAUCUGAUAAACUUCACAACUUGCAAGAGCAAUAAUGGCUGCUAUCGACGUUGAAACAGCAACUACCACAGUUGAGCCACCCAGGGUUACUCUCAGAGCACCCAGCUCUCUCUUCCACCAUGAGCUGGUAACAAAGGACCAUGGGCUUCUGCAAUUCCAUGCGGCUGCUGCUCUCCAGCUGCAGUUCGGCACGCAGCGCCAUGAAUUGGCUGCAACCUCAGACGACCGUUUGAUCGCAUCCCCAUAUAACGACCCUCUGAACCUGCUAGACUUGAAGACUCUCGAGACACCUUACCAACUAUUGGCAAAAGCCCUGACAAUCUUCAAGCCCAUUCGCGAUGACUAUGCUGUCGCCCCUUAUGUGGAAUCCUUCAACUGGCAGGCGGUUGUCGAUUUUUUGCGUGAUCUCUCGAUUGCGGAAGGCUACAAGUGGAAAAGACAACGCUUCUACGUCGUGUCAUUCCGCUCCACUCUGAAACCGGUCAUUGACAGCCAACGCCUGCAUGACCUCGACUACCACUCUCAUCAAGAAGCCGUGGCCAGUGGCGGUUUGUUGAAAUAUUGGUUCGGCGCCAAAAACGAGAAUCAUCAGAACCUGGCAACUUGUGUGUGGAGAAACAGAGAGGACGCAAGAGCAGGUGGUACCGGCCCAUGGCAUAAACAAGCGCGCGCUGCAGGGGCGGUCAUGUACGACAAAAUCGAGUUCAAGACGCUCGCAUUAGUUAUCGGUGACGAUGCGUCUUCAUGGGAGAUUUCCGAUUGGAUGGACCAAGACGCCUGAACACCGAAUCGAAAACCAGGAAGUUUCGAUUGUCUCCCCUCACGCCAGUUAUGACUGCAUCUUCGACUUUCGCAAACCCAAUAUGUUCUAUGGCAUACUUGAUACCAUAUUUAGCGCUGCAAUCACGUUUGCCUCUGCAUGCAUCCAAUAUUCUUUUCCCCUCGGUUGUCUUUCCUCUGCUUUAUUGUGUCAAUCGGCGUCAAUUUUUAGAAGCGGCAUCGGUGUCUUCUUCGGCUUAGAUUUCGGAUCGUUUCCAGAGGUGUUCAUAGGAGUUCAAAAUACAUAG